AGUCAACGUGUCAGAAAUAAACGAGAGAGGGACCUGGAGAGAAGAACUCAAGAAAUGCAUCAAGAAACAACUCAACAUCUUGAGGAACAUCAAGAAAGAAUACAAAUGAGAAGGGAUUCAGAGAUGGGAGAUGAAAGAACUAGAAGGCUGGAUGAACAACGAAAUGCACGACAUAUAAGGAGAAAUAUUAAUGCUGAUGUUGGUCAAAUGACCAAUGUUUGCCUUCAUUGUCGAGCUAAACACUUCUCAGCAGAAACGACCAACUUUUGCUGCAUGAAGGGUAAGGUCAACAUUGCUCCUCUGAAAACACUCCCGAAUGCACUCAUUAAUUUGUAUACAGGUGACACGCCACAAGCACAUGAGUUCCAAAAGAAUAUUAGACAAUACAAUUGUCUCUUUCAAUUCACGUCAUUUGGUGCCAAGGAAGUGGUGUCACAUGGAUGGAAUCCUUCAGUGAUCAUUCAAGGCCAGAUUCAUCAUUUCAUUGGUUCUUUGAUCAACAAGAUCAACAAAGUAAAUUCUUACAAAUCUAUUUCAUGGAUCCGCAAGAUAGCAUUGAGUUGCGAAUGAGUAUUCUCCAAGAUGCUGGUAUUCAAAGGGACACUGUUGAAAUGCUUGAAAACAUGAUAAGACUAAACAACCCUUACAUUCAUUCACUUGUGAUGGCGAUGGAGAGAAUUAGAGAUUUACCGGAGGCAUCAAUCGUUAUUGAUCCCAAUUAUCGGCCACCUUUCCAACAUGAACGGAGGUUUAACACGCAAACUGCAAAUGAAGUUGCCGUCCUCAUAGCAAACAGUAAUGAGCCUGUGGCAACAUCACGCCACAUUGUCUUGAGAAGAAGAGGAAGAGGAGGAGCAGAAGGAGGUCUGCAAAUCAUUUCAGAGUCCCAUAGGUCUUAUGACAGUUUUCAAUACAUCCUUUUCUUUCCACUUGGUGAUGACGGAUGGCAUUCACAACUCCAAAUGAGUACCGGCAGAAAAUUGACACUAAUGCGAUAUUAUGCAUAUAGGAUCAUGAAUCGUGACAAUGAAUUCAACCAGCUUUUGAGAGGAGGACGACUCUUCCAACAAUAUCUUGUAGAUAUGGCGGCUAAAAUGGAAGGUGAUAGACUGAAUUAUAUUCGCAUGAAUCAGGUAUCGUUGAGGUCAACGACGUACAAAGGACUGACGGAUGCAUUACAUGAUGAUGAUGACUUGGAAAACAUUGGAAGGCGCAUCAUCCUCUCUUCAACAUUUGUCGGUGGUCCCAGAUAUAUGAUGGGACGAUGCCAGGACGCCAUGAUGUAUGUUCGGAAGUAUGGUACUGCUGCAUUCUUCAUUACAAUGACCUGCAAUCCAAAUUGGAGCGAGAUUCGACAGUGCCUCUUUCCAAAUCAGCAGCCGUCUGAUAGACCGGAAUUAGUAGCAAGAGUAUUCGAGCUGAAAAGAAAAAUAUUCAUGAAGACCGUCACUGGACCAGAUGGCUUCUUUGGAAACUGUAUUGCUUUCAUCUUGACUAUGGAAUAUCAGAAGAGAGGCCUGCCUCAUUUCCAUUGUCUGCUUUGGCUUGAUGAAGCGAGUAAGCCAAGACCUCAACAAUAUGAAAGAUUUGUGCAAGCUGAAAUUCCAGACCCACAAGCAGAUCCUGAGCUGCAUAAAUUGGUACUCAAGCACAUGAUCCAUGGACCGUUCUGCAAGGCCACAUCUCGAUGUUGGAAGGAAGGAAGAUGCACCAAGAGAUUCCCAAAGCCAUUUGUCGAAAGCACAAUGUCUGGCGAUGAUUCGUAUCCUCUGUACAGGAGAAGAUCUCCCGCAAUGGGAGGAUUUCAGGGACAUCAAGAAGGUCGUUCGUUACAGACUAUUACUUCUAAUUGGGUUGUGCCCUAUAAUGCAGAACUAUUGAAGGCUUUCAAAUGUCACCUCAACGUCGAAAUAUGCUGCUCUGUACAGUCAAUCAAAUACGUCAUCAAGUACACCUUGAAGGGAUGUGAUCAGGCAGCUUUUGGAAUUAACGUAAAUGACGAGAUUAAACAGUACCAGACUGGCAGAUACAUUGGUCCUUCAGAGGCAGGGGCAUCAGUCCUUGGAUUUCUUACUCAUGAGAGACACCCCCCUGUCAUUCGACUUGAUGUACAUCUACCAGACCAACAACAAGUAUUUUUUGAUGCUGCUCAGCAAGGGAUGAAUGAUGGAAUUGCGAGAACCACUUUGACUGAAUUUGUUCGAUUGAGUUCUGAAGAUCCGUUUGCAAGAACACUAUUGUACGUUGAUGUACCUCGAUUUUAUACAUGGAGCAGCAAUAGAUGGCAAAGAAGGAAGGUUGGGAAGAGUGUGGAAUACUUCCCAGGUAUUUUUGAAGUCAACGUUCUUGGAAGAAUACAUGUCAUUUCUCCAAAACUAGGUGACCUCUUCUACAUGAGACUGCUUCUGCAUCACGUGAAAGGACCAGUGUCUUUCGAGUCCUUGAAGACACAUAAUGGAGUAAUUCUUCCUUCCUUCAAAGACGUCUGCAGAGAAAGAGGUUUGUUGGAAGCUGACGACCAUUGGCAACAAACAAUGGAAGAUGCUGAAAUGACAAGACUCCCCAGGGCAAUCAGGGAUUUGUUUGUUGUUCUGCUGACAAAUACUGACAUCAACGAUCCUCUACAAUUAUGGGAUCGCUUCAAGAAUUGCAUGUCUGAGGAUUACCUUGAAAGCGAGCGAAGAAGAAAAAGUGAUCAGAAUAUCACAAUUGAUGACAGACAUCAUGAUCAGGCUCUCUUUUAUAUUCAGGACAAGCUUGAGAAUUGCAACACCACAAUGGAAAAUUUUUCCUUGCCCCGACCAAGAAAUGAAAGGAUGGACAUUGAUGGUGAAAAUGUUGAUUUACUUAAUGAAUUGAAUUACAAUAGAUCAGAACAACAGCGAUUUGUUGAUGAGAAUGAGCCUCUGCUGAAUGCUGAGCAGAGAGAAGUUUAUGACCAUGUGUGCGACUACUUGCAAAGGGAUCUAUCUUCAAUGAUUUUCAUUGACUCACCAGGAGGAACAGGAAAAACAUUUAUCAUAAAUUUGAUCCUCUCCACGGUUAGAGCUCAAGGUCAAAUUGCCAUUGCUGUAGCAUCGUCUGGUAUCGCAGCAACAUUAAUGCCUGGUGGAAGAACUGCACAUUCACGAUUCAAGAUACCUAUCCAUGUGACGGAGGAUUCAACGUGCAACAUCAACAGCAACUCUAAAACGGGAGAUUUCUUCAGGAGAGUGAAGCUCAUUGUUUGGGAUGAGUGUCCAAUGAUUAGGAGGGAGUGCUUUGAAGCGGUGGACAGAACUCUUCAAGAUGUAUGCCGCAAAAAGGAUCAUUUUGGCGGAAUUCUUACCAUUUGUUGUGGUGAUUUUAGACAACUCCUUCCUGUAGUGAAGAUGGGAAGUGAUAUUGAUGUUCAAAACGCCUGCAUCAAGACAUCAUACUUGUGGCGGACUUUCACAAAGUUUGAAUUGAAGAGAAAUAUGCGAUUGAGCGAAGGAAAGGGCGAGUAUUCUAAAUUUUUGUUAGAUGUAGGAGAGGACAAGAUUGCAAAGAAUGAAGACAAUGAAAUUAACAUUCCAGAAGACAUGGUUCUCUCAGCAAGAACACUGGAUGACUGCAUUGAUUAUAUCUAUCCAGCAUUUGACCACCCUGCAACAUUAUUCUCUAACAAUUGUAUCUUGGUUCCUCACAAUGAUACGAUGAGAAGAAUCAAUUCUGCGUGUGUCAGACGCUUCCCUGGAACCAUGAGGGAGUACUAUUCUUUCAAUUCUGUCACUGACGGAACAAAUUCAACUCACUUCCCAACGGAAUUCCUCGAUUCAGUCGAGAUCUGUGGAUUACCACCACACAAAUUGGAGUUGAAGAAAGGAUCUCCAAUUGUUUUAAUCAGAAACUUGCAACCCCCAAAGCUAUGCAAUGGAACGAGGUUGAUUGUAGAACAGCUACACAAUAAUCUCAUAGUUGCUAGAAUCAACAUGGGGGCCUACAAAGAAGAGAUUGUUCUAAUUCCUAGGAUGAAGAUCAAUUUGUCAGAAGAUGAAAACAUUCCCAUUAGGCGGAGCCAAUUCCCUAUUCUGUCGAGUUUUGCGAUGACAAUUCAUAAGGCACAAGGACAAACCAUGGAGAAGGUCUUGAUAUACCUUGAGAAACCAGUAUUUCAACAUGGCCAACUAUAUGUAGCUCUUAGCAGAGGAAAGGUGAAGGAACAAGUAAAAGUGUUCCUGAAGGAUGGGACAUCAACCAGGAAUGUUGUAAUUAAACAAAUGCUUUGUUGAGAAAUGACUGCUGCAUUAAGUGCUCAAAUUUUCCUCAAGUCAAUGAAAGAACGCAAAACUGAAGGUAAAAAGCGAUGCAGGAAGGAACCGAAUGUCCAGAGUUUCGACACUUUUGAUUAUUGCUCCUCAGUUCAACAAGGGAUGUUUAACACAGGAAUCACAUUUCUGCACACAAAAGUUUAAAAUGCUGCCUCAGAAAAAGCUUCAAGGCCACAUUAAGUGACAUGUAAAAUCGUACCAGUUGUAUUUGAUUUUUGGAUAGAAAGUUGCUGGAGCUGUUCUCAUGCUUCACGAUAAAGCUUGCAGAUGGAUUAUUUGCUGCAAGAUAUAAAACUACAGGCUUGCACAUCUAGGGUAUAUGUAUCAGGUACAGUUCAAUUGUUGAGUCAAUUAUUGAGUAAAUGAUGAUUGCCGAGAUAUUGAUGUUUGAGGAUUUGUUGUUGGUAAUGGCAUUGCGUAUCAAGGUUAUGUGGUUAAUUUCUGCCUUGUAGGAAAUUAUUGUUACCUUUUCUGUUGUUUGACAUGAGUGUUACUUUCCACUUUGGUCUAUUAUCGAGUUAUUUUGUUUGUAAGGAUUGACUGCAUUUUCUCAGGAGUUGCAGUGGAAUUGAAAAUUCUGUAACCAUCAGUGAAAAUCAACUUCAGAUCUUAAGAUGGAUGAAAGGUCAGUAUUUGAAAUUAUUUCGGACCCGUGCAUUGUUUUUUUUUAUCCUUGAUACAAAUUUACUUUAGUUUUAUCAGAAUGCCCUAAUACCAUUCAAAUGCUGCCUUUUUGUCUAGAGCUGUCACUGUCGCCUCAUUUCUGGAUCCGAGAUAUUUAGACUGAACGUCUUUGGGAUCUGUGACAAAUACAUGAAGGACAGUAGGGAACAAGCAACACAACAAGAAAUAGAUAGAAAACACCGAAAUUGGUAUACGACACAAAAUCUCUUUUUUUAUUUGUAUGUUGAUGGAUUGACAGAUAGAAUUUUAUAAAUAUCUACAUUGUAAUAAAUAUCUCCUUUUUUAAAAUUCAUGCCCAGAAGCAGGAGCAAAGAAGUUGCAUGAUGGUGAAUGGACACUGUAAAGAGAUGUUGAGAAGCAGUAUGGAUCAGAAGUGACCAAGAGACAGAACAAGAAAGGACUGAACCUCUUGAGGAGCUUGAGCUUCAAAAAUUAAUGGAAGUUUGCAUGGAACAAGAGACACAACAAUAAGCUUCCAAAUUACAUACAAAAUGAGAUGGGAGCAAUCGAGUUGCUGGAUGUUCAAGGAACAACACAAAGCAACGUUGAGAAGCAGUAAUGAGCAGAACGGCACAAGAGACGAGAGGAAGUUGCCAAGAUACAGCCAGAUCGGUAUAUGGUAGUACAAUGUUUAUAGAAGUUUAUAAAUAUCUACAAAAGAUAAAAUUGUCCUUUUUAUUCAUAUGUUAUUGGCUUCAUAGAAGGAAUGAAGACUCAACAAGAAAUAAC